CCUCAUCUCUUGUGGAAUGGAAUGAAGUCGCUCCAUCAUUCAGCCUGUCACUCUCAUAGUCAUGGCUAAAGGGAGGAAGACACCAUCCAGCUCAGGUGACAAGGCAAUGAUGAAGCAUCCCCAAGCUGUUUUCACCAAGGUCUCAGUACAGACUCAUCUGGAUCAGAAGCUCUCUGUGUGCAGCAAACUGUGUUUUGCUAUUGGAGGGGCACCGAAUCAAGUUGCAGGAAGUGCAACUGCUUUUUUCUUACAGAUAUUUCUGCUAGAUGUCACGCAGAUAAACCCAUUUCAGGCCUCCCUGGUGCUGUUCAUUGGGAAAGCUUGGGGUGCUGUUACUGACCCUGUAGUAGGAUUCUUCAUUACUAAAAGCAGAUGGACAAAAAUUGGCCGACUCAUGCCAUGGAUGGUGGGCUGCACACCAUUUAUCGUAGUGUCCUACUUCUACUUGUGGUUUGUUCCCCCUUUCAUCAAUCAAAGAUACGUUUGGUAUCUGGGCUUCUACUGCCUCUACCAAACUCUCAUCACGUGUUUCCAUGUGCCUUACUCAGCACUGACCAUGUUCCUGAGCACGGACCAGCAGGAAAGAGACUCAGCUACAGCAUACCGUAUGACCAUGGAGGUGUUGGGGACACUGGUUGGUGCAGCCAUCCAGGGCCAGAUUGUAGCGAGAGCACAUACUCUAAAGCACUGCCCCUAUAACAACACAUCAGCCGGUCACCUGGGAAAUGGCAGUAGAACGGAGGUCAUCCGAAGCCUGCUGCCGUCACAGGACUUCCUCUCACAUGCAAAGGAGGUGUACAUGAUUGCUGCCGGAGUGAUCGGGGCACUCUUUCUUAUCUGUACAGUUGUGAUGUUCCUGGGAGUCAAAGAGAGAGAUGAUCCUUAUGCACUAAAGACAGAGAAAGCCAUUCCUUUCCAUAAGGGCUUUGUGCUGGUGAUGAGACAUGGGCCAUAUCUCUCCCUCACAGCAGCUUUCCUCUUCAUAUCUGUGGCCAUCCAGCUGAUCCAGAGUAACUUUGUGUUGUUCUGCACGUAUGCAGUGGAUCUUCGGGAUCAUUUCCAAAAUAUCGUGCUAACAAUUCUGAUGUCUGCAGCACUGAGCAUCCCUUUCUGGCAGUGGUUCCUGCAGAGGUUUGGCAAGAAGACUGCAGCUUUCUGUGGGAUUACGUGGAUCAUGCCCUUCACUGUGACGCUGGCAUUCGUUCCAAACUUGAUGGUGGCUUAUGUGGUGGCUGUAUCUUCUGGACUGAGUGUAGCUGCCUCACUACUUUUACCCUGGUCAAUGUUGCCAGACGUAGUGGAUGAUUUCAGGCUGGCAAACCGCAACUCGAAGGGCCAUGAGGCGAUCUUCUACUCCUUCUAUGUUUUCUUCACCAAGUUCGCGGCAGGGAUCUCUCUGGGAGUGUCCACUCUCUGUUUAGAAUUUGCAGGCUAUGACACAGGAGCAUGUAAGCAGCCUAAUGCAGUAGUGUACACUCUGAAACUCCUGAUUGGCAUGGCUCCUGUGGCAUUCAUCAUCACAGGCCUUGUAAUCCUUCUGCUGUACCCCAUCAGUGAAGAAGUGAGACAGCGAAACAAACUGGCCCUGGAGGAUCUCAGAAACCAGACUAUAAGUUGCAGCUGCCUCAGAGAAGACUUGAACAGUGUAUAGGCUUUUUACACAUCACAGAUGCCUGCGACCCUGUAGAAGGAUAAAGCGGCUAGAGAUAAUGAGAUGAGAUGAGAUGAGAUUCAAAUUCCAGAUUGGACCUGGGAUGAGAUGUGUUAGUGUACAUUACACUGUGUUAAAUAUAAUGAAGUUAACCUUUUGUUUCUGUAUUUUUAAACGAUAUAAUAACCUGCAUUGAAUACAAACACUAUGUACCUAAUUUAUAUGAAUGAAUGUAUAUUUCUUUUUUUGAAGUAAGCUAAAAUGGCCUGUGUUGCAAAUGAAUAUUAUUUAAUUAUUUGAAUUCAAUUUAAUUGAAAGCAAUAUACUGGUGCUGUUAUCAUAGAUCUGUCAAUCGCACUUGAAAACAGUCUAUAAUAAAAUACACACACUUUCGGACAAUAUACCUCAAGUUCAGAUAAUAAAACAAGAAACAGUCUGAUUUAAAAGGACUUUAUAUUUAAUUCACAGUUCAGGAGGUCAUAGUUCACAGGACAUGUUUGGAGUGUGUAAUACUAAAACAUUUACAGUACACUACCGUUCAAAAGUUUGGGGUCACCCAGACAAUUUUGUGUUUUCCAUGAAAAGUCACACUUUUAUUUACCACCAUAAGUUGUAAAAUGAAUAGAAAAUAUAGUCAAGACAUUUUUCUGGCCAUUUUGAGCAUUUAAUCGACCCCACAAAUGUGAUGCUCCAGAAACUCAAUCUGCUCAAACUAAAGGAAGGUCAGUUUUAUAGCUUCUCUAAAGAGCUCAACUGUUUUCAGCUGUGCUAACAUGAUCGUACAAGGGUUUUCUAAUCAUCCAUUAGCCUUCUGAGGCAAUAAGCAAACACAUUGUACCAUUAGAACACUGGAGUGAGAGUUGCUGGAAAUGGGCCUCUAUGGAUCUAUGGACCUAUGGAGAUAUUGCACCAAAAACCAGACAUUUGCAGCUAGAAUAGUCAUUUACCACAUUAGCAAUGUAUAGAGUGGAUUUCUGAUUAGUUUAAAGUGAUCUUCAUUGAAAAGAACAGUGCUUUUCUUUCAAAAAUAAGGACAUUUCAAAGUGACCCCAAACUUUUGAACGGUAGCGUACAACAGGAAUUGUAACCCGAACCAAAACAGACACUUCAAUAGUUACAGUGAAAGAUACUCUGGUCAGUAACACCUGUCCUCACGACACACUUACAAAAAUAAUCGUAUUUGGAAAGAUGCGUUUAUAGUUCGGGGCAAAUGAACAGUUCUUACUAUUUAAUUUUCACUCAUAUAAAAUGUUGCAUCAGAGAUGUGCUAUGGAAAUAAAUCAGUAUAAUUUU